CAUAAAAUAAAGGUUUGACAUUGUUAUGACAUUUAACCACACCAUUUUGAAGCAACAUGGUAUCGAAUGAAUUUGUUCACUAAACAGAACCUUACUUAAUAUGAAGGGGGUAAAAAUUUUGAAAAAGUAGAGGACCAAAGUUUUUACGCGGAAUGGCACUGAAAUACCUUUUGUGGCAUUGACGCCGUGCUCCACCAAACGACUCACAAAGUCAUUCCCAUUUUCCUCGUAAUUACGGAGGUCGGAGCAAAAGGCUAAAAAACACUUUCGUCUAAAAAAGAAGACCUGCAGGCUGCAACUUUCGGGGAAAUGACGCGGCCCUCCCUCCCUGCAUAAAAAGGGAAAACUGUAAGCAAAACAACUGGUAAAGAAGAUGAUGGUGGUGAUGGAGGAUCUGUUGUCUAAACUUGGCGCCUCCCUCGCCACCCUCAUGUUCAUCUGGACAUUGUGCCAGAACUAUUUCCCCGAACACAUUCGAACAUAUUUGAUUUCCCGCUAUCACAUGAUUUACAGCUACUUCUACCCAUACGUCCACAUCACCUUCCAUGAGUUUGAAGCAGAGGAGCUCUUUGACAGGAGCAAAGUUUUCUUGGCUAUUGAGAGGUAUCUCGGCCAUGUUUCAUCUGGGAAUGCCAACCGCUUCAUCGCGAAACCGGCGAAAGACAGCUGCCGGUCGGUGGUGCUCAGCAUGGGAAACCACCAGGAGGUGGUGGACGUGUACAAUGGGGUGGUUAAGGUGUGGUGGAGCUCUGUAGAGAUAGCUUCCAAUCGACAAUCCAUCUCUUUCUACCCAAGGGAGGACGAGAAACGGUGUUUCCACCUCAAGUUUCACAGCAAGGAUCGAGAGAUGGUCAUGAAAUCUUACCUCCAGCAUGUGUUGGCAGAGGGGGAGGCCAUUCAGGUGAGGGAAAGGAAACUGAAGCUUUACACCAACAACAAGAGUGACGAGUGGCGGGGGUGGAGGAGCACCAAAUGGAGCCAUGUCAUAUUCAAGCAUCCUUCCACUUUCGACACUCUCGCGAUGGACCCAACCCGGAAGCAAGGGAUUGUAAACGAGCUUCUCAAUUUCAGGGAGUCAAAGGAGUACUACGCCAAGAUAGGCAAGGCAUGGAAGCGCGGCUAUCUCCUCCACGGCCCUCCGGGAACAGGAAAGUCCAGCAUGAUUGCUGCCAUGGCCACUCUUCUGCAGUAUGAUGUGUAUGAUCUUGAGUUGACUGCUGUGAAGGACAACAAUGAGCUGAGGAGGCUGCUUAUAGACACCUCGGGCAAGUCCAUUAUAGUAAUCGAAGACAUUGAUUGCUCCCUCGACCUGACCGGGCAGAGGGAGAAAAAAGAGGAGGAUGAAAAGGAGGAGAAAGAUCCAAUCAAGAAGGAAUUAAUCAACAAGGAUGUGCUGAAGAAGAAGAAGGAGAGUGAAGUGACUCUAUCGGGGCUUCUAAAUGUCAUCGAUGGCCUCUGGUCAGCCAUAGGAGAAGAAAGAAUCGUAAUCUUCACCACGAAUCACGUAGAGAAACUUGAUCCUGCACUGAUAAGGAGGGGGAGGAUGGACAGCCACAUUGAGAUGUCAUAUUGUUGCUUUGAGGCUUUCAAGGUGUUGGCAAAGAACUAUCUCGAUCUUCGGGAUGAUUCUCACCCUCUGUUCCCAGAAAUCAGACGUUUGCUGGGGGAAACCAAAACAACCCCUACCGACGUUGCUGAGAACAUGAUGCCCAAAUCUGCUCGCGAAAAAGCAGACACCUGUCUGGAGAGAUUGGUUAAAUCACUGGAAACCGCAAAAGAAGAAGCACGGAUGAAAGAGGAGGAAGAGAAGAGAACCAAUGCUGUCAAGGAAGAGGAAGCCCGCAAGAAGAAGAAACAAGAGGCCGAUGACCUGAAGAAAGCAGAGACAUCGUCAGUUCAUGAAAAUGGAGAUGCAAAAGAAUAGUUAAUGCAGAUGAUGCAUAGUGGAGAUUUGAGAUGGUGUUCGCCAUGGCUUCUUUUCUUUUCCACUUGCAUUGCAGUGUCGUGUGUUUCUUCAAAAAUAUGAAUCCUCUUACGGUUUUCCUUGGACGUGCAGGACAAUAAAUAGAUAAAUUGGGG